AUUUGUUAUUAAAAAUGUCAGAGGGGAUGUCACAGACGAAUCAGGUUAAGAUUAAUAGGAAGACGAAUCUUGUGCUAAGAUUAGAAACCUUGAAAGCUAUGAGUUCUUAUAAUCAGAGGGAGAUGGUUAAUAGAUACAAUAACUAUAGUAAGUACCAGGUCAAGAAAUACAUCAAGGAGUUUAAGAUCAAAGAUUUCUGGAGAGUCAUGCAGUCAGCACUACUUGUUCACGACCGGGUGCUAAAAGCAGAGGAUAUUAUUGUGGGCAUUUGUGAUGAGUUUAGUCAAGGCCUCUAUGUCCCUGAUGAACAGAAGAUUAUUCUGUGAAGCAAUACUUUGGUCAGGAAGUUGGAUUUUGAAGAUGGGAUUCAUAGGCAGUUGGUUAAGUAUUAUGACCAUGCUAGAAGUGAGAAUUAUAACUUAAACAACUGUCGCCAUUUAGCCUGAUCAGAAGUAAGAGCAGCUGGGUUUUCAAAUAAGUGAAACAUGGCUGCUGUCCGUCUCAGUAAACUGAAAGGCAAAAAGAGCAAGCGUGAAAAACUAGAUGCCGACAACUACUGACUUAAAACAUUAGCUUCUGAAUACCUCUCAGAAACGCCUGGUUGUCAGGACCAUUCUGAAGAAUACGUGAACAAAGUUUUUGAGCAGUGCUCACAGGACCAUUCCCCCUUAGGAGAUGUACUAGUGUCAAAAACAAGAAGUUUAACUGAUAUCCUUUAAUUCUUAAUACACCUCUU